CGAUGGUCCAGUACUGCCCCCUUUGGUAGGUUUGUGAGGAGCGAAGCAUUUCAAACAGCAAAGUCAACCAACGGCAUACGUAGGUCAUAGUAGAGAUAAUAGAACGAAUAAAAAUGAUUACCAUAAUGUAGUUAAUUUUGCAAAAGUUUAUCAAACGGAUAAUUUAAAAACAGCUUUAAUAAGCCCCAGCCAUUAGGAAAGUCCUUCUGAUGGACACGUAGCAGGACAUUUAGGUGAUGAAUUGUAAGAUACAUAACAUAAGGAAAACAUAAGGAAAAAUAUGAAGGUUAACACAAACAAACAAGUUGAUCAAAACAAAACAAACCAACAAUAAAACUCAAUUAAGUACGUCUUCUCUCGGUUUUUCUUUCUAUAGCUGUUGGCAAGUAGCAUCCACAGUGUGACAUCAUGGCUGCUUAAACCAACAGAACAGUCGUUUUAUUUUUAUUUUUAUUUUUUUGAGAAGACUAAAAAAACAAGUAGAACAGUCCCAUAUUUAUUUGAAAAAUAUGUACAACGCAAUAAAUGAAUAUUUUUCAUUUUAAAAAAUCAAGACUUUUGUGACGUCACUUCCGGGAUGCGGAUGGUGAGCAAAAUGACAGCUGGUUGUUUUUAUGAAAAUUACAAUUUUAAAGUAGACGUUGAAGGUACAGAUGUUGACGUGUGGCUGUUUUGACAGUUCCUUAUGUUGUUAUAUUACACAUUGUUGUCAUUGGUUGAGUCACUGAGUGUGUGUGUAUGUCGUUGCUUUGUGUUGUUUCCUCUCUGCUACCAUCGAGCCUCUGCUACCGCUGCUACUGAUGAUGAUGAUACAGUAAUGUUGAUGCUGAGGGUCACGCUCACUUAGGGUUUUCCACAACAUAGCCUUUUUCUUUUUACCCUCUUUACCUUUGACAUUUUUAUCAGUAACGGGAGCUGUAAUGGAAAGCGGGAGUCUUGUGUGUGCGGAUUAGACAAACCCCACUCCAACGUGGAAUAAGGAACUUCGUUUCACAGUAGUGUUUUCUGCAGUGUGCUCGUUUUAUCAAUCGUUAUAGGUCGUGACGUGACCAGUGUUAGACUUUCACCUGAUAAGCAAGGAUCAUACGUCAGUUCGGCGUGACUGUCAUUAAAAUCGGUACAAACAAAGUGAAGUCAAUUGUCAACUUUUCUUGGCGUUUCAAUGUACACGGUUGCCACGGCAUGAGAAGAGACAUGAACAAAAGCACCAUGUGGUAACUGCCUCUUCAGUCGUCCGUGUUCAGGGCAACACCAAACAAGUACUGACGACAAGUGACCGAAGAGGAGACAGCAGCAGCAGCAGCGUCAGCCAACUGAAGCAGCCACUGUGGAACGCAGGAGACAGACAGCGGUGUCAGUGGUCAAAACGAAGGAGACGUGUCUUCAGUUCCCUGGUUGAAGCUGUUGUUUACGAUGGCAGUUUAUCACUGUCUCUGUGUCUCUUUCACACCAGCUGAGGUGGAGGCUGCUCAGCAGGACGACGCCAUGGAGCCGCCGGCGGAUAGAUUUGGCCGUAGCUUUGUGGAGGUGAUCAGUGAAAAGUACAGCCCAGAGAACUUCCCGUACCGCAGAGGGCCUGGUAUGGGCGUGGUGGUGGUGCCCGCUGGCGGUCCUCAGGGUUCUCCUAUGAAAGAUCGACUGAACAUGCCCAGCAUUCUGGUGUUGAACGGCUGUGGUAUCAACAGAGCCGGAGACCAGGCGGAGAUUGCUGCGUUCUGUGCGCAUGUCAUUGAGCUGGACUUGUCUCACAACAAGCUGCAGGACUGGCAGGAGAUCAGUAAAAUUAUAUCCAGCAUUCCUAACCUGGGGUUUCUGAACCUGAGCUCCAACCCACUGGCAGGAGCGACCUUGGAACCACAUUGGGCUGAGCCUUUUUCUCGGGUCAGGCGUUUAGUCCUAAACAACACCCAAGUGUCCUGGGAUACUGUGCUGCUGCUGACCCGAGAGAUACCAGACCUGGAGGAGUUGUUCCUGUGCCUUAAUGAGUACAGUAGUGUGAGUGCCCCCACCGUGACCUGCCCCACCCUGCGCCUGCUUCACAUCACGGACAACAGCCUUCAGGACUGGGCCGAGGUCCGCAAGUUUGGCUCAAUGUUUCCCGGCCUGGACACUCUGGUCAUGGCCAACAACAAUCUGGGCACCAUUCCGGACAGCAAAGACAUUCUGCAGCGGCUCUUCCCAAACUUACGCAGCAUUAACCUGAAUAACUCAGGUCUGAAUCGAUGGGAGGACAUUGAGAAGCUGAACUUCUUCCCUAAGUUGGUGGAGGUGCGACUGCAGGGCAUUCCUUUACUGGAGACCUACACCAACGUGGAGCGACGCAGCCUCAUGAUAGCACAUCUUCCUGCCAUCUCACUGCUUAACGGCAGCGUUGUGACCGACAGCGAGAGAGAAGACGCAGAAAGAUUCUUCAUCCGUUAUCACGUAGAAUUCCCGGAGAAGGAGCUUCCUUUCAGAUACCAUUCUCUGGUUACCAAGUAUGGAAAACUGGAACCACUCGCUGAGAUCGACCUCCGACCUCGCUGGCGUGCACAGGUUGAGGUUCACUGUGAAGGAAAAGUGGAACAGCUGACAAUCCGUUUGGACCAGAAUGUGGCUGCGCUGAAGAAGCAGCUGACCACUGUGGUCCAACUGUCCACCAAUAGCAUGAGGCUGUACUACAUCGACAAGUGCACUGCCUUCGGGCCAGAAGAAAUGAAGUACAACACACGUGCUCUCCACUCCUACAGCAUCCAAGACGGCGAUGAAUUACUGGUGGUACCCAAGUCCAAAUGAAGAGCCAGUGUCCAGCUGGUGGAGGAGAGUGACCCACUGAAUGAUUUAGUGACUGGUGGAUUUAUUGGAUUAUUUGUUAACUGGCUAACUAGCAUUAUUGGAAAAUGUUUCUGGAACAGCAUGAUGGCCCCACAGGAUGAAACUAAUAGCGACGGUACAGAAGCGCCACUCAGAGGCCGUAGUUGGAACAGCAGCUGGUCUGGAGAUUGUUUUUCUUUACUGCAGUUUUACCUGAAGUUUCUUCCGCUGGAUUAGGAGCUCAAUUCUAUCUCACUGGAAAAACCAAGCAAAGUGACGUGCAGUCUCCUGGCAACUUCAGCUGCUCGGUCUCUCAGUACAUGGCAUGUACCAUAACGCUGCCACCAACGAUUCCCCACCGCCACUAGCUCGUCCACAAAAUCUACACUUGUUUGUGGUGAGAUGCUGCUGCUCCGCGAAGAAGAACUUUUGAUUUCCUUUGCACUUCAACUAAAGGCACAAAAUCACAGAGAGAAAGUAAAGUCUUUCCUGAAAUGUUUGUGUUGAUAGUCAGUGAUAUUUAUGCCAGAACACAGUUUUGUCUUUGUUUCCCCCCAAAAACACCAUCAAAAACUGUUGUCUGUUUUCUGUAACCUUACAUAAAACAAAAGGGAAGUAUUUUCAGUAAUUUCAGUAUUUUAAACAACCUAAUUCCCUUCCAUCAAUUUUCUUUUUUAUUCAAAAUGCUCUUUGAAACAGUACUAGUCAAAAUGCAAAAGGUUGUAUUAGCUACUAGCUUGGACGUUAGACUAGAAAUAGCAUUGUUGCAAAGUAGCCAAAUACACAAGUUACCCCAAAAAAAUAAACCAAAACUCUUGGACCAUCAUAACCUACUGGCAGAUGCUAAAUAUUUAGACGACUGUGGACUGGGGCUGUACGGACCCUCUGACUGGGGUUUUUCCUGGUAAUAGAAAUUAAGGAAAAAUAAUGAAGAUACUUGAACAUGUUUGUUGUACCUAUUCAGUUUUCAGAUUCCGCAGAGAGUUAGAGGCAUGGGCUUAAAUGAAGCCAAUCUCUGUAAAAUGAGGAUUAAGGUGUUAAAUGCUUGAGAUGGUAAUGCACCUCUGGAAACAAGACAGAGUCUGAGUGUAAUCUGUAUUAGCCUUGACAGGUGGAAGUAUCGUAUUGUAUAUAAGUUCUUGUGGUAAGUCAUGCUGACAUGACUGAAUUUAUGGCUUACACUGUCACUGAUGUCAUCGGUACCAGGCGUAGUGUCUGAGCCUUUGGUUCAGUGGUUUAAAGAUCUGCCUUUUUCCCCCCCUUCUGCUGCUCUUGUCUCAGGCUGGGUCCCAGAGCGGUGGAUGAGCUUGGGUUGCACGCAGUGUGAAAGUACCUCAUAUAUGCAGACUUUAAAAAACGCCCAUGUCAUGUACAUUUGGUCAAGUCACAAUCAUUUUAAGAGAGAUAUUAACUGAAGGAUUUCACUGACAGCAGCUUUAGAGUCAGUUUUAAGAAUUUUACUGUAUCAUUAAGAAUUCAUGACAAAUAAAGGAUAAAUAAUCAAUUA